AAAGCUAUGAACCAGAAAAAACUGCAUUGAUUAACGAUGGUGAAAGUGAGAAUGCAAGACUUUAUACUGGAAAAAAUUCUACCUCAUUUAUCUUUGUUAAUACGGUUGAAGAUAACCACAACCAUCAGCUUAGUAUUGACGCUAUUGAAUUUGAAUGUGAUAAAAAAUUCAGCGAUAAGAUGAUGAAGAAUAUUCAAUUCUUAACACAACAUUGUAAAAUGAAAGCUGCUGCACAAAGAAAGUACUUAGAGGGCAAAUAUUCAACUCACACAAUAUUCAAUAGUGAUUUGUAUGCUGCAAUUAAAAAUAAAGAAGAUGUACUGUUUUCUGAUGAUCUUAACGCAACACUCUCUAAUGAUGAAAAUGAAAGUGUUGAUGAUCCACAAGCUAUCAUAUGUCAGUUAUUAGGCAUUGUUGAUUUUGAUGAUAUUGAUAAAAUAUGGGAUAUUAGGGUUAGAAACUCUUUAAGUCUUAAGCAUUAUAUUAUUCUUUUGAAAAAUAAUGCCUAUUUCAAUAAUAUUGAACAGCGAAUGAAUAAUUUAGAGCAAAGAUUUAUAUAUGGGCAUCUUCAUGAUGCAUAUAAAGUAGCUUUACAAAAAGCAUUGCUAUCUAAAUUGAAAUCACAACGUCUUAUUAAAAUUUUGCAAAAAUUCGCUGAUGAAAAUGAUGAAUAUGAUGAAAAACCUUCUGAUGAAGAAUGUGGUCAAUAUGACUCUUCAAGUGAUAAGGAAAACGCUGAAAUUAUUUUACAGAAUCCAAAAAAAUGA